UGGGCUCUUUCCAGUGAGCCAUGGUGCUUCUCUGGGUGGCUGGCCCAUCAGCUGUUAGUUCCCUCUGAAGGGCAGACAUUUCAGUUGGAUUUCAGGAUUUCGUUGGUCGCCAACCUUUAUUCUCCGGUUUCCAAGCGCCUUUUGGCUGCAUGUUUAUUCUAAAAGCUCCACUGCCCUCGGGUGGCAGCGCUGGGCAUUGUUGAAGGCACCGCACGCUGUCUAUUGCGAGAAUGAAAUCCCAAAAGGAUAAUUCCCAAUAGUCUGGCCAUUACACAUGUUUACGGAAAACUAGAUUUUGAUGGAUUUUAUGUUACCUAAAAUAAAGAGGAUGCUUCUUAGUUGAACCGAAGAAUAGACUUUCUGAAACAGGAAAAAAAAUUAAUGAGCUGACUUUAAUUCGCUAAUUUUAAGCUGAUUUUUAAGCCAAAGUGCUGUUGAUUUCGGGGAACAAAUAUUUAAAUGGGCUAAAAUAGGGAAAUAGUGAAGAUUUAGACUAACCCACGGAGUUUGGACAAGACCGAAGCAGGGCUUUUAAAGAAAAGUAAUGUCUCUUCUAAAUCUGAUUUGGUUUUCAACCGGUCAAUUGAUAGUGUUUAUUGAGCUCGAAAGUCUAUAAUGAUCCCUGCCAACAGGAGCUUGCAAUCUAGUGGGGGAUGUGGACAUCAUUCAUGAUCAGUUUUUUUAAUUUUUUUUCAAAACUCUGAUAUUGCCAUUCUGAAAACAUUAUGUAUUUGGCAUCUAGACCCAAGUACUUUUUUAAAAAAUAAAAACAACAAUUAGCGAUAACAUUUUGAAAAGACUAUGAACUACGAUAGACUUUUCCCCUUUUAUCCAACUCACUAUCCUGCCACUUGAAAGAGAAAGCUGUAUUAAAUGAUCUCAUGCGAAAAAGAUGGAUCUUUCAACAUGGGUUAUUGUGGCUAAAGAUGGGGUUCACAAUAUACAUGGGAAAUGCAAUGUUUUAUUACCACACAUAUGAAGAAAUUAAUUUCUAAAUCUGAGAGAGUUGGGAAGGGGAGACAUAUUAUUGAGAGACCAUCUUCACUAUUCUCUAUCAGUAGAUUUAAGAACAGUAUCUAGGAGUAUUCGUUUAAGAUGAGUCAACUAUCUCCAUAAAGCUAGCAGAACGUAAGUAUUUUUAAUUCUGUCUUACAUAUGAAGCAAAGAGGUGAUUUGAACAAAGUCGCAUAGGAGGUCAAUGGCAAGGUCUCAAUCAGUCAAUGGUAUUUAUUGAGCACUGUGAAGAGCACUGAACUGAGCACUUGAGAGAGUAAAAUACAAUGGAGUUGGUAGAUAGGAUUCCUGCCCUCCUGGAGAUUAUGGUUUACAGGGGGAUACAGACGUUAAAAUACACUGCAGGUGAAUAUGUACAUAAGUGGUGUGGGUUGAAAAUCAGUGCUUAAAGGUUACAGACCCAAGUGCUUAGAUGAGACCAAAGAAAGGGCAAACAGGGAAAGUCAGGGUUUAGUCAUGGAAGGCCUCUUGAAGGAGGUAUGAUUUUAAUAAGGCUUUGAAGGUGGGGCAAAUGGUGAUUUGUCGGUAUAUUAAGGUGGAGAGAGUUCCAGGCCAGAGGUAGGACGAGAGCAGGGCUCAGCAGUUAAAAAGAUGAGAUUGAUACAGUGAGUAGGCUGGUGUUAGAGGACCGAAAUGUGUGGGCUGGAUUGGAGUAGGAGAUUUGAGAAUUUCCUGACUUCCAGCAUAUUCUCAGUCUCUGGAAAACUGUUGGAAGUACAGAGAUGUAUACGGUUGAACCCCCCUUCUGAAACCUCAAUUCUCCCACAUAACAUGUUGUCUGAUUUUGGGUAAAGGAUGUUAGUUGGGUGCACAUCAUGGUUAGAUCAGUUUCCUUUGUCAUCGUCAGUGUUAGAGAAUGAUAAAAAAAAAGUUCUCCCAGGACUAAACAUAAAAAUGAUUUUUAAAAAGAUCGGUUAUACAAGGACUUUGCAAGGCAGUGCAAGAAGAGAGUCUUUCCCUUGGAGGUGGCCACAGUGCCAUCCAUUGUAGUGUGGAUUGAUUCCUUGGCCUUCCGACUCCAAACAUUGAGGAGAGGCCCUGAGAAAUUUGCCCCUUAUGUAGGGGCAGAAAAGAAUGAAGAAGAGUGAGGUUCUUCCCUGGUAGGAGUUACUGAGAGACCUCAUGCUUUCCACACUGCCACUGUAUUCAGUCCCAAUUCUAGAACAAUUAAACCAUUCAAAAGGAAAGCAUGGCUGUCUUGUUUCCCACAUGGCUUGUCUCGCAACAAAAGAGUUUGCACCCUAAACAAACACAAAAUGAAAACCUAUUGAUCAAAGCUUUGAACUGAGCCCUUUCUGUCCAGCCAGGCAAGAUCCAGGCCCCUCUCUGUCUUUUAUCAUUCCCAUGGGAGACAAUGGUAGAGGGAGGAACCGAGCCAGAUCUCCAAACUGCUGAGCCAGCUCUGGAAAGGCAGAGAAGAGUGACGUGGGGGCUUGUGGAUUUUAUUUAGUGGGCUGCCCCAGGCCGGCUCUCGAUGCCCUAGAACAGAUCAGCAAGAGCCCCAACGUCAUCAGCGAGUGACUGGGGAGAGGGGAGCCGAACUUCCAGCCAAAAUUUGACCGAAGGAGACCAACCCCUCUCGGAGGGGCCAGGGAGGAAGCUCGGGGAGGAGGCCGUCGGAAGCCUCACCGGCCGGCAGUCCGCACCAUGUACAGGAGCAGCUACCUGCAUGAGACCCGAAAGGAGAAGUAUGAGCGCUCGGACAUCUUUGAUGAGCCACAGCCCCCGGCUGAGCUGAGUGGCCUGACCCAGGCUCAGGGCCUGGAGAACCUGCAGGAACUCAAUGAACAGUUUGCCAACUACAUAAACUGGGCCCGGGGGCUGGAGCAGCGCAACGCCAUCUUCCGCAAGCAGCUGGAGACCUUCCGGCGCCUGGAUGACCUGGCGGGGCUGGAAGAGGCCUUUGCUGAGCAGAUAGAGUUGAAUCACCAGCGGGUGAAGGAGCUGGCCCAUGACCGCACCAAGCUGGAACGCGAGGGCAAGGAUGCCCAGUGCUCACUGGAUGAGUUCCGCAACAAGUAUCAAAAUGAAUGUGACUAUCAGCUCUUAUUAAAAGAAACCCUUGAACGCCUUAAUAAGGAAGCAGAUGGGGCCUUGCUACAAAACCUGGAGCUUCAGAUCGAAUCUCAGUUUCUGCAGGAUGAUAUUAAUGCAACCAAGGACAGGUACAGGAAGAAUCUCUUGGAAAUUCAGACCUAUGUCAGUGUCUUACAGCAGAUCAUUCAGACCACCCCUUGUGUUUCCACUCUCUCCUUUGGGAUCAGUGAGGAGAAGCUGAUUGCUGAAAGGAGAAUUCCUAUCCUGCAGAGUCACCUAGAGGAGUAUAAAAGUAUUCUGGCUCAGUUACAAACACAGAAAUCCAAGCUACAGGCCGAGACUACAGUGCUGGAACAAGCUAUUAGAAACACCCAUGAGAACUAUGAUGAUGAGAUCCAGCUUUACAACGAGCAGAUCGAAACUCUGAGGAAAGGGAUCGAAGAUGCCGAAAGAACCUUGGAAAAGUGUUCCAGUGACUGCCGCCAACUGGCAUCGUACCAGCAGUCUCUAGAAAACGAACUGGAACGCUACAGGCACAUCAUUGAGAAUGAAGAUCACAGGUUGAAUUCGGCUAUAGUUGGGACACCUGUCACACUCUUCAUGCAGAGUUAUAGAGCCUCAUCCAGUCCACCCCCUAGCGGGAAAGAUAUCACUCGGGCUAUCCAGGACAUCGCCACAGCAAAACCAAGACAAAAGAAAGUUUCAAGAAUAAAGGAGAUCACAGCUAAAGACAAAAUGGAUAAAACUUCAGGGGACAAAGUAUUCCCCCACAUCCUGGAAGGCUUGGAUGGGGAGCAACCAGGAAUUCAAAAAGAGAGCACUUCCAAGCCAGACCUGGAACUUGAAGAAUUAGGAAUUCCGGAACAAGAAGCAAAUCGCCAGGACAUUCCUGAUGGUGCUCAAAUAAGCAAAGCUUGCGAUAAACUGUGUAACAUGGUGAGAGAAAGGGUGAAAAGCCCUGAAAUAUCUGAACCCCAAGCAGAUCUCUACAACAAAGGAAGUUAUGUCCUUGUUACGGGGGAUGCCAAUUAUAUAGACCCCAGCUUUUGUGGCUCAUCCAUCCCUGCUAAAGGUGGGAUUGUGGUUUCCAUCGAUGGUGACCAGAUAUCCAACGGCAAGGGAGUGGAGGCCCAGCCUGGAGUGCCAGAACCCACGUGCUCAAAUGGGAAAGGAGAACCGGCUGGCAAAGAGGCUGCUGCUAAAGACAGGCAAGUUUUAGAAGAUAAAGAGAGUGGAAGAGAAAUCAAAGAUGGAAAAAAGACAGAAGAAAAAACCGGGGACCCUUCUAAAGGUAUGGGGAUGACUAAUCAAAUUCCCCCACCAGGGCCUUCUGGACAGGCCCCAGUUCCACAUCUAAAGGCAGGAGCCAGCAAGGAACGAGAUAAGAAGCACACAGACAAAAGAAGCAGCCAGUUGGAAAAGAACUUGCCCGGCUCUGUGACUUAUGAAAAAGUGGAAGUGGUUGAGUCCAUUGAAACAUUUUCAGCGGACCAAAUCCAGACUUACGAAGAAACCGCGCUAAUUGUGGAGACCACGAUUGAGAAGAAGGGGGCUGCAAGUUCUUCACCUGACCCAGGCUUGCAGUAAGAAAGUCUUCCCGAUCUCUAGCACCUUUGGGUUUGGGAGCAAGUGGUGAAGUUUUGAUAUUGUAUUGUUUGAAUAAGCUGUAGUUGAUUCAGUGGAAA